AGACGGCUAGUGCAGAAAAUAACGUUGAUUCGAGCGGACAGAGACGUUUACUACCUGAGCCGAAGGCCUGUUUGACGAGCGUCCUGCAGCCAUGCCGGGUUUUGAUUACAAGUUUCUGGAGAAACCGAAGAGAAGGUUCCAGUGUCCGCUGUGCAGCAAGGCGAUGCGCGAGCCGGUCCAAGUCUCCACCUGCGGGCACCGGUUUUGUGACACCUGUCUGCAAGAGUUUUUAAGCGAGGGUGUCUUCAAGUGUCCAGAGGACCAACUGCCACUGGAUUAUGCUAAGAUUUACCCAGACCCUGAACUAGAGCAGCAGAUCCUGGCGCUGCCCAUCCGCUGUAUUCACAGCGAGGAGGGCUGCCGCUGGACUGGCCAGAUGAAGCAGCUCCAGGGGCAUUUCUCCACCUGCGCCUUCAAUGUGAUUCCCUGUCCCAACCGUUGCUCCAUCAAGUUGACGCGCCGUGACUUGCCAGACCACCUCCAGCACGACUGCCCCAAGCGCAAGGUCAAGUGCGAGUUCUGUGGCAGCGAGUUCACCGGCGAGGCCUAUGAGAACCACCAGGGUAUCUGCCCCCAGGAAAGCGUCUACUGCGAAAAUAAGUGCGGGGCGAGGAUGAUGCGGCGCCUCCUGUCUCAGCACAGCAUGGCAGAGUGUCCGAAACGCACACAGCCCUGCAAGUAUUGCGGAAAGGAGUUUGUCUUUGACACAAUUCAGAACCACCAAUACCACUGCCCCCGGUUUCCUGUCCAAUGCCCAAACCAGUGUGGCACACCUAACAUUGCCCGAGAAGAUCUGGCCAACCAUGUGAAGGACAACUGUGGCAGUGCCCUUGUUUUGUGCCCUUUCAAAGAUGCCGGCUGCAAACACAGGUGUCCCAAGUUGGCUAUUGGUCGUCACCUGGAAGACACCACCAAGUCCCACCUGACCAUGAUGUGUAACCUGGUUGGACGCCAACGACAAGAGAUCCUGGAGCUGCGGAGGGAGAUGGAGGAGUUGUCCGUCAGUCAUGACGGUGUGCUCAUCUGGAAGCUUAACGACUACUCCCGCAAACUCCAGGAGGCAAAGCUUCGAAACAACCACGAGUUCUUCAGUCCGCCCUUCUACACCCACCGCUAUGGCUACAAGCUGCAGGUUUCAGCCUUUCUGAACGGUAAUGGCAGUGGUGAGGGCUCUCACCUGUCGAUCUACAUCCGCGUGUUGCCCGGAGAGUACGACAACCUGUUGGAGUGGCCCUUCUCCUACAAGGUGACAUUCUCCAUCCUGGACCAGAGUGACCCAUCGCUCUCCAAGCCCCAGCACAUCACCGAGACCUUCAAUCCAGACCCCAACUGGAAGAACUUCCAAAAACCCUGCAGCAGCCGCAACUCGCUGGACGAGAGUACCCUUGGCUUUGGCUACCCCAAGUUCAUCUCCCAUGAAGAAAUUAAGAAGAGGAACUACAUCCGAGACAACUGCAUCUUCCUCAAGGCUUCUAUAGAAAUCCCCCAGAAGAUAAUGGGUUAGGAAAUUUGACUUGUUUUUUUGUCCUGUUUUUUUUUUUUUACGAUAAAGGCGAAAGAUGGGUCUAAGACUGGAUUUGACAGUUAACCUUAAAGACUUCAAAACACAUCUAUCCUUUAGACACUUUCCUUCCUCCACUGUAGAGCAUGGAGCUAGUCUGUUGUCUGGGUUAGUGGACUGGAGGACCUUGAUAUACCACAGAGAAAAGUGUUUGGUCUACGGAACCAUCACUUUUUUUUCCCCCUAAGAAUUUGUUUACUUUUAUCAAAAUCUGCAACAUAAAGCCUUGGAAAUCAAACAGUGCCUAGAGAGUUUAUCAUAAGUUAUGUAUUUGUUGUUUUAUGUCCGCAGUACAGAAGGAAGCAUUUUGAGAAUAGUGGAUUUGGAAGGUGGAGGGCUUUAUCAAGCCUUUGCACUUACAGUAAAAAUAAAGUUUAAGAGAUACCCCAUUGGGCCAGGGGUGAUCUAAAGAGGAGGGAGCUCAGCAGACUCAGCUCAAGCCUAACUGCCUUUUGUUUACAUGCUCUUACAGUUUACCCCCCCGUCAAUCUCUCUACAAAUACGAAGCCCUUAGUAUGAGAUUACUUGUGAGGUCUGUGUACACUAACAGCUUUUAGAGCUCUUAUAGUUUCCACUUUAUCACGACAACAGUCUGUGACCUGUUUGCUAGUACAGUCCAGUUCUAAGUAGUUUGAGAAACAUCCUCAUGUACCAAACACACACCCAAUAAUGAACCUGUGAGGCACCUAUUGUUAAGUCUGUCAACAGAAAAGCCUUUGUUGGUCUUCAAAAUGAGCAGAGCAAACGAAGAGGCCAGUCAGACUUGUCAGAGAAUAUGCGCAUUUAAGAGUGAAGGAAAAGCCAUGUGGCCUUUUUACAUGUCUUGGCAUGA